AUGGCUCCAACCAUGAGCCAGGGCGUUGCCCCUGAUUUAUCUUCUCCCAUGAGCCAUGCCGUUGCCAUUGAUUUCUCUCCUCUCGUGAAAAUAUAUGUAAACGGGACGAUCGAGAGGCUCAUAGGAAAAUCAAGCGUUCCUCCAUCGCUUGAUCCUAAAACUGGCGUUCAAUCUAAAGACGUUGCAAUCUCUCGAAAAAGGGGCAUAUCUGCAAGGCUUUACCUCCCCAACACCGUCACCAACUCCACCACCAACUCAACCCAAGGCAAACUCCCUCUUCUUGUUUACUUUCAUGGAGGUGGCUUCUGUGUUGAACAUGCCUCUUCUCCCACAUAUCACAACUACCUCAACUCCCUAGUCACCGCGGCCAACGUUGUUGCUGUCUCUGUUGACUAUAGGCUAGCCCCAGAGCACCCUCUGCCUAUUGCUUAUCAAGAUUCAUGGGCUGCUCUCAAUUGGGUUUCUUCUCAUUUUGAUGGUGGAAACCGCUCCGAGGAGUGGCUUAGUAGAUAUGCAGAUCCACAGCGUGUGUUUUUCUCUGGUGACAGCGCUGGGGCUAACAUAGCACACCAGAUGGCUCUGAAAUUAGGCUCUGAGAGAUUGAAUGGUUUUAAGCUGAAUGGAAUUGUGUUGGUGCAUCCAUUUUUUUGGGGGUCACAGCCAGUUGGGGCAGAGGCAACUCUGCCUGUAGUUGUGAGCUUGUAUAUGACUGCAUUGUGGCGUUUUGUGAACCCUACAAGUUUUGGACCCGAUGACCCGCUUUUCAACCCUGCUAUGGAUCCGAAAUUGAGGGAGUUGGAGUGUGGGAAAGUUCUGGUUUUUGUUGCUGGGAAAGAUGCGUUGAAAGAUAGGGGAUUGUAUUAUGGUGACGUACUCAAAAAGAGUGGAUGGAAAGGGGUUGUGGAGGUCAUUGAAACAAAGGGGGAGAGCCAUGUAUUCCAUUUGUUCAGUCCCCCUAACAAGAAUUCUGAGGCCAUGCUUGAGAAGAUUGUUUCCUUCUUGCAUCAGUCUUGA